AUGUCGGCCGUCGUCGAUUCUCUCUCGACUAAGGAUGUCAAGUUUAACCCUCAAAUUGGAGAGGAAGAGCUCGGUAGGACAAUGAACAAUAGAGAAGAAGAAGAGAUCAUUGAAGAAGAUGAAGAGAACAAACUAAAGUUAGAUAGAGGAAUGGAUCUUGGUCCUCAGUUCUCUCUCAAGGAACAACUCGAGAAAGAUAAGGAUGAUGAGAGCUUGAGGAAAUGGAAAGAACAGUUGCUGGGUUGUGUGGAUCUCUCAGCCAUUGGAGAAAGCAAAGAAGCAGAAGUGAAAAUCCUGAGCCUAACAAUCCAAUGUCCAGGGCGAGAAGAUCUUGUGCUGCCAUUGCCAUUUACCAAAACUUCCAAGAAUAGCAGCCUCUUCACCUUAAAGGAAGGCUCCCGGUACCGACUCCGGUUCAGUUUCGUCGUUGCCGGGAAUAUCGUCUCGGGUCUCAAGUACACAAACACCAUCUGGAAGAGUGGAGUUAGAGUGGAUUAUACAAAGAAAAUGCUUGGAACUUUCAGUCCUCAGAAGGAGCCUUAUGUGUAUGGAAUGGAAGAAGAAACUACACCUUCUGGAAUGUUUGCAAGAGGGUCUUAUACCGCAAGGACAAAGUUUGUGGAUGAUGAUGGGAAGUGCUAUUUAGAUGUGAGCUACCACUUUGAAAUCCAAAAGAAGUGGCCAACACCCUCUUGA